AUGGCCGUCGAUCAGAAUGAUGCUCUUGAUGCUAUCAAUAUGAGCAGGUUCAAGGAUCUGCCCCCCAUUCAGACCACUUUCAAGGAUAAACCUUUGCCCGCUCUAAGAGAACCCUCAAAGGAUAGUGGAAGAGAUACACCUACUUCGAACCGGACAGGACGUGGUUCUCGGCGGUUGAACGCAAAGUCUAGUCUAUUCAAUCUUUUCAGCAGACCUAGAGUUGAGAAACAAAGAGGUUUCAACGAGUCUGGAUAUACUGUCACUCCCAUAAUCGAACCUGGAAGAAGCACGCCGAGUCCGGACCUGAUCGUACGCGUGCCAUCGCUUCCUUUCAAUCCUGCACCCCAAGCACCGUACAGCCGACCUAGCACUUCACUGUCCAUUCACGAGGAUCGUCGGAUCUUGGCGCGGAGCCGUACAACAGCUUCUUCUGACCAUGUCAGAGAAGAGGACGAGACGCCAAGCCUGCCUACGCUAUUUGACAUAUACACAGACUCAAGCAAGGUUACCAUCGCGCAAGCCAUCGAUGAAUCUGGUCAAUCUCGUCUCACAAGGCCUCGCAAGUCAAACGCAUCGCACAUCAUACCUGCGCACAUUCACGAGGAAAGAAGAGGCAGUGUGGACAGCAUCAAGACAGAACACAAAACGCAGAGCAGGAGCGGCAGAAACUCUCUCAGUCAGGGACCUUUCCAGAGGAAGAUCUUCGCACUUUCCAACGAUGGCAUGAUCCUCCAGUACCCAGAAAAGGGUGGUGGUGAAAGACUGCCAGAACGUGCUUUGCAACUAUGUUCCGAGUCUGUCGCUUUUGCUUGUGAUCUGGUGCCUGGGCGACCCUACGUUCUACAAGUCGACCAGAAGCCAACCGUUGCUUCGGAAUAUCACACGCUUCAUUCUCAAACAUCCCUUCUAACUAAGAUCGGACUCAAAGACAACCUUCCGCGUGUUGGUGAACACAGUAUACUCAUCAUUCUGGACACUGCUGAAGAACUCACUUCUUGGAUGAACGCAGUAAGAAAACAGAUUCUUGUCCUAGGUGCUAUCAAGGGUGAUGAUCUCAAGCCGGAAGGAAUUGAGAAGCUAAGCACCACGGCCCCUAAGCUGCGUAUCAAGCAACGUGUGUCCAUCAGCCAACAGGACCAGCCAUCUUUCACGAACUUCUCCUUUCCGACCAGCAGUCCUGAGAAGGGCCCUGCAGGUAGACUGAGACGUGAUUCUAGCGCCGCAGUCGCCCCAGCCACCCAGCCGGAGGUAACCGAGUUACAUUUUUACUCGAGGAGGAACUCGAACGCGGCAAUCUCUCGCAAGCCUUUGUCAGACCAUGAUGGUGUGGACCGACUUAGAAAGAUGGCUUCCUUCGAUACGAACGACUCACCGCUAUCUGUCACCACCCAUGACUCGGCUAUCAGUUUCGGAAUGAGUGCAGGAAAGCGCAUGAUUCGUGACAUGAAUGCAUCACAGAAGUCAUCGACAGGAUCCUUGCGUGACGAGUACGAGACCGACAGUCCCGUCCUCCCAAGAUCGGCAACGACUGGCCAACUUCAGCGACCAAAGCCUAACCCUGUCGUCGAUAGACCUCGUCCCGACUCAUUCGUCGCGGAUAUGUCUCUACUAUGGCCAGCCCGCAAGACUUCUGAAGGUGUUUCGCAGUCAAGCAACCAGCAAACGCCAUCGCCUCCCAUCAAACGCUUGCCAUUGAAGGUCAACCCUCAAUCUAACAGCAUGUCACUACCUCGGCAGAGGCCUUCACAGGCGUCUCAGAAGCCAGCUCCCCCACCUACAAGAGCGCUGCCAGCAGUGCCCACUAGAUCUGUUGAGAACUUCUCACGCAAGCCUCAGCGCACAGCUUCGAUCAAGCUGUCACUCUUUCCUACAGCUGAGGCCGUACCCGUCCCGAUGUCUACUUCUCCGGUCAAAUCUCUUCCACCUUCUCUUGCAAUGACAUUCCCGUCUUCGCCAGCAGAAGACAUGAAGAGAUCGCAAGAUCGCCCUCUCCGCCGGCCAGCGAGCAUCCAGAUUCGUGCCAGUCACGCCCCAUUCCUCUCUUCUCUGCGUCCCAGGACCGAUUCCAACCGUCCUCAACUUUCCAAGGCCGAAUCUGUGCCAUGUCUCCGUGAGGCUAGCACGCUACCUAGAGUCCCCAUGGCUCAGAAGCCGUCAUCUUCGCCUUUACCACCACUUGAUCUGGGGAUGCCCAUCGUUGGUCUAGCACCACCUGCACCACCUCCAUCGCUUCCACUCCCCAAGCUGCCGCCCGGUACGCAGUCAAAGGCAUUGGUUGUCCGAUAG